CGCACAUCAACAACACCAUUCCGUCAAACAAUGAAGAUCCUAGGCCUGAUCAGUGGUGGCAAGGACAGCUUCUACAACUUGAUGCAAUGCGUCGCCAACGGGCACCAGAUCAUUGCUCUGGGGAACCUGCAUCCUGCGGCUCAAGACAAGAAAGAUGAACUGGACUCGUACAUGUACCAGACCGUAGGGCACGAUGUAAUUCACCUCUACAAGGACUGCUUGGACGUGCCUCUUUACCGUCAAGAGAUCAAGGGGAAGCCAAUUGAGCAGAGUUCAGACUAUGUCAUCACUGCCAUGGACGAAACAGAGGACUUGUUCGAACUUCUCAAAAGGGUCAAAGAUGUACAUCCUGAUCUGCAGGCUGUCAGUGUUGGAGCAAUUCUAUCGAAUUAUCAGCGGAUACGCGUUGAAAGCGUUUGUGCGCGUUUAGGCCUGGUGGCAUUGGCAUAUCUGUGGCAAAGGAAUCAGGAGGAAUUGUUGCAAGAGAUGGCUCAGGCAGGCAUAAACGCGAUUUUGAUCAAGGUUGCUGCUAUUGGACUCAAGAGACAGCAUCUUGGGCGUUCGAUUGGUGACAUGUAUCCGCAUCUGUGCCGAAUGAACAAGGAGUACGACCUACAUAUCUGUGGCGAGGGUGGCGAGUAUGAAACCAUCACCCUCGAUUGCCCGCUCUUCAAGCGCCGUAUUAUUGUAGAUGAAUUCGAAAUUGUCAUUCACUCAGAUGAUCAUUUUGCGCAAGUUGCAUAUCUGCGGUUCAAAAAACUGCACCUAGAAGACAAAACCGAAAGCGAGAUCGAUCCUAGCUGGACGGCGGAUGUGAACUUGAAUCCAUUGUGGGAUGCGGACUCGCUUAUGAUGCCUAUCGAGGAUGUUGUCCGAUCGAAACAGCAGCCGAGGGAGAUUAAUCCAGCGGUUCUUCAAAGAGGAUCUGGGGUUUCAGAUCGUAAUAGCAAGGAUGGUCUUUGCAGCAGCCAAUCCAGCUACCGGUCCAAACUCUUGACACACCAGGGUGCUGUCGUGUGUGCUGUUGGCGGAACAAAUGCCUACGAGCCAUCACCAUCAUCUAAAAUAACAAGGCAUCUGAGUAUCGCGGAGGAGACCACAGCAUGCCUACAAAAUUUGAAAGCCAAAAUCGAACGCAUUGGGCUCUCUUGGGCAGAGGUCGUCUUUAUGCAGGUGUUCGUCUCGGACAUGGGUGACUUUGGCGUGGUAAACGCCGCUUAUAAGGCCUUCUUUGGUAUCAAUCCGCCCCCUCGCGCGUGUGUCGGGGCGAACUUGCCAAACUCAAUUCGCAUUCAAGUGAGCUGUACUGCUAUCCGUAAAGACGCGCUGAGCCCGAAACCUAGGCAGACAUUGCAUGUCCAGGGUAUUUCGUACUGGGCACCUGCCAACAUCGGACCUUAUUCCCAGGCAACUGAGCAAGUGCACCAUUCGUUUAUUGCUGGGCAGAUCGGAAUGGUGCCUCGCACUUUAGAGCUCCCAGUACCAUCGUCUCUGGCCAAGGAGACAGCAUGGUCAUUACGGAACCUUACACAGAUCGCGGCGCUUCGUCAAUCGGACCUUGUCAACCGGACAGCCUUGUGCAUAGUUUAUGUCACAGAUCCAGUGAAUUUUGCACCUGUAAAAGCAGCCUGGGAGCACAUCGCGAACAAGGUACGAUGUCACGACAUCGGUUCGAUAUGUAUUUGACUUUGAUACUGCUGAUAUGACUGGACGACAUCUGACGCCUUUCCUGUUUGUCCUUGUGUAUCC